AUUUCUAACGGCUGACUAUGAAAAACGCAGACCAAUGAUUCGCCGGCCGAUCAACGACUCCUCCGCCGUGUCUCGUUACCUGACUUCUCCAAUCUUUAUAUUCUCCCGUUUUCUAUUCUCUUCUUCAUCAUCUUCAUCUGAAAACAAUACCCAUGAACCCAUUAUACCAAACCGGAACCCUAAAUCCCCAUUUGGGUCUCCGACCCGGAUUCAAAAGCUCAUAGCUUCGCAAUCGGAUCCUCUCCUCGCGAAAGAGAUCUUCGAUUACGCCUCACAACAUCCCAAUUUCCGCCACUCUCAAUCUUCUCACCUCGUCCUCAUCCUCAAACUCGGCCGUUCGAGGCACUUCAAUCUCAUCGACGACGUUCUCGCCAAGCACAGAUCGAGUGGAUACCCAGUCACCGGAGAGCUUUUCACGUAUCUUAUCAAAGUCUACGCAGAAGCAAAGUUACCUGAGAAAGCUUUCAAGACGUUUUAUAAAAUGAUCGAGUUCAAUUUCACUCCACAACCCAAGCAUCUGAAUCGGAUCCUCGAGGUCCUCGUAAGCCAUAGAGGUUAUCUCCAGAAAGCUUUAGUGCUUUUCAAGAGCGCACGGCUUCACGGGGUGAUGCCCAACACGAGAACAUACAACGUAUUGAUGCGAGCCUUUUGUUUGAACGAUGACUUGAGUAUUGCAUACAAGUUGUUCGGCAAAAUGCUUGAGAGAGAUGUUGUCCCUGAUGUAGAGUCUUAUAGGAUUCUGAUACAAGGGUUUUGCAGGAAAGGACAAGUGAAUGGUGCCACGGAGUUACUUGAAGAUAUGUUGAAUAAAGGGUUUGUGCCCGAUAGGUUGAGUUACACUACAUUGUUGAAUAGUUUGUGUAGGAAAACACAGCUUAGAGAGGCUUAUAAGCUUCUAUGUAGGAUGAAGUUAAAAGGUUGCAACCCUGAUAUUGUUCACUACAACACGAUGAUUCUCGGGUUUUGUAGACAAGGUCGUGCUAUGGAUGCUAGGAAGGUUCUCGAGGAUAUGUCGUCUAGCUGUUGCUCACCCGAUUCGGUCUCGUAUAGGACAUUGAUUGGGGGAUUGUGUGGUCAAGGAAUGUUUGAGGAAGGCAAGAAGUAUCUACAAGAGAUGAUAUCGAAUGGGUUUUCUCCUCAUUUUUCGGUUUCAAAUUGUUUGGUGAAAGGGUUUUGCAGCUUUGGGAAAGUAGAAGAAGCAUGUGAUGUGGUGGAGCUCGUGAUGAAGAAUGGGGAUGCAUUGCAUUCAGACACUUGGGAAAUGAUAAUUCCUAUUGUCUGUAAAGAAGAUGACUCUGAAAAGAUCCGAAGGUUUCUUGAAGAUGCUAUGAAAGUAGAGAUAAGCGGUGAUACCAGACUCGUUGAUGCGGGUAUCAUCGGUUUAGGGUCUUAUCUUUCUAGUAAGCGACAGAUGAAACGUAUGAAUGUGAGAGAGAGGAGACGUUUGUAGGUUCCUCCUUUUCUUGAAGACAAAGUUCUAUUUAUCUCUGUUACAGAGUCUUUGUAUCCUUGACUCUUUAUUAAUAAGUGUACACAUCUUGUCGAGAA